GUUUUUUAAUUAGUGUUUCGUCACGUGAUAGAUUCAGAGCGUAUCGGAGCUGCUUGUUUGGAACCUGAUUCAAACUUAUCUAUUUCAUCAUGACAAGAAAUAGACAAAUCCUCAAACUCCUUGGAAUAGGGGAGCAUUUUUCGUUUAACUACUGGCGAAAGAUAUCAAAGGGAUGUCAAUUUAUAAGAUUUGGCGGUGAACGAAUGGCUAUUGACAGGAAAGCUGUCAAGCGCAAGAUAAUGCCGUGCGAAAAAGAUCUGUAUGAAAAGUUGAUGGCAGGAGAGAUCAACGAGGAGAGCCUCAGAUACGAUUUUUGUUAUGAUAGAGAUAACCAACUUAUUUUACCUGAUGUCUUAGGUAAGGAGUAAAUUAUCGUUCGUUGCCAAAGUGUGCAUAAUAUUUAAUUGAUAUCAUGAAUGUUGAAACGGAAAUUUAAGAAAUUCUUGGUUACGUUAUGUUAAAACGGUAAAAAUAUGUUUCCAAAAGUUUCCAAAAAUAUCCUGAGCAUUCGUAGAACUACUUAUUUAUCGAGACUGAGGUCUUCACGAGGUGUACGUCCGUGCAUCUUCGAUGCAAUUCAUGAAGAUAUUUGUUUACGUAUAGUGUCAUUAGUAUUUGAAUCAUUGCGUAUUUCUGCUACAAAUCCAUCAGUUUUUUUUAAAUGGACGUUUGUACAUUCGCAGAGGGUACAUAUGUUUCUGCAUUUAACUUAGUAGAGCGAGGGUACAAGCACUUUUAUAUGGGGGAUGUUACAAUAGUCUAGAGUCGGCCUGUAAGAGUGCGCGAUAUGUCUCCAACAAACACCUGCUAUGAAUUCAUAAAUUACAAAUUUAUGAGAUAGACGACGUUUCACCAUCAGAAAACAACUGUGGUAAAUUUUUUCAACUUCCAUUCCGUCUUCCUGAGGUAUUUUACCACCAGAUAUCCCGCUCGGUUUUACCACAAAAGUCGUUUAUUUCAAGCUCCCUCCCAAACUUUUGACAGCAUAUCUUGGCGACAUAACAAAAUAAUGUUUCUAACGUUAAGAGGCAGAGGUCCUGCUAAUAAAUAUUUCUAGCUACCCUUGGCUUUACCUGUCGAUUUACUAUUUUUAAGAUAUCUCUGCUACUUUCGCUAAACGUAUGUAGUUAUUCGUUCUGAACUGUUUCUACUGUUCUUCAUAACAGGUUUAAGUACCUUUACCAAUAGAAAUCUGAUGCCAUCCCAUCUAACAAGGGAUCCUGAACGGCUAUGGCAGCUGGACCCCGAGAGUCGUUUUCCAAACGAACUGGAAAUAUUUGUGCCUCAAGACCGUAGCUUUAAAGGAUACAUAAGGAUUAAAAAGGGUACCCAAGUCGAAAAGGACAAAUUAAUCGAGGUUAAGUCCCUUUUUUUUAUUAGAACAUUUGUUAUUUUAGCUGUUACGUAAAAUGUGUUUUGAUAAAAGAAGAGAACUGUUAUUUUCAUAUAAAUAAGUAACUUUUCAUUAAACUCUCCUGCAAUGUUCAGGGGAUUGUCUCCUUAAAAUAAGCCAAUUUCUCUUUAGUUUUCAAAUGCUAAGGAAAACUCAUCAAUGCAGAGCUCUUGAACUUUAAGUUUGGAUAAUUGUCCAACAUACGGGGCAAAAUUUCUGAUUACUUAAUUUUCUUGAUUGGUUGAGCGCACGUCGUCUGAGUUAAUUGCUAUUGUUUUCUCUCGUGAACCGGGUUUUGAAAAUUUUGCUUAUUUGUAGUGUUUUUUGGUGCUUACGGAGCCUAAACGGACCCUUUGUUUACGAAUGUCAUCGAUUUAGUAUUUCCACUCGGUAGAUGGUGAUAUAAUUAUACACUCGGAAGAUAGUUGUUACUCGCAAACUUCGAAGCUUCGCCUGAAAUCAAUCCUUGAUUUCCCUCGGGCCCAUAAGGUUUCAAAGGGCUUUUUACAAAUUUUCUUGCUCUAAAGAGGUUUGACCUUAAAGAGGGGGGUUCUUAGGAAUAAGCAAUCAGUCGGGAAAUCUGUAAAAAAUUCUCCUAUUCAAUUGAAUGCGUUUUCCCACCUGUUCUAACAAACAGUUAAGACUAAUUUGGCACCACGUUUCCAAUUCAUUCAUGUCAUUUCGAAGUCGGUUGGCCCAGUUUUAUAAUUCCUAACCCAAACAGUGUGGUCCUCUUAAGGUUUCGUACUUGAUUUGUGCUUUUUUCGAUUUGUGCACAUCAAAUUCAACUUUUCCACCGAACUGGUUACGUUGAGGCAUAUUUUUCGGCUUUGUUACUAUUCUGUUUUAUACGCUAGCAAGGUAAGAUAAAACACCCAUGCAUGUAUCUGCUUCCGUCUGAGGCAAAGCAUGUUUCAUCUUCAACCCAAUAACUUUUCCAUCCUAUUUCCUUUAGAUGCUUGGGUGCCUUCCUUGGAGGAAAUGUCCUAAACAACUUGUGGAAAACCCACUAAACUGAGACCGUGCUCUUUGAAAGACUUUCACAAGAGUGGUGGCUUUGGAUUUACUAUUUCACGUUUCUAUCAAAAGAGAAAUGAGCAAUUUCUUGUCCCUUCCUCUUUAUUGUAGUAUAAUUAAGUGUAAAAUAUCAUAAAAGAUAUCGAAUUUUUUUUCGUCACAAGGCUGCUCUAGCUCAUCCAUGUUUCAGUAUUCAUAACUGGAUGAAAACGUAGGUAUAUCAAGUAGUCAAAGAACAAAGGACUCCCCGCCCUUUGUUUUUCAAAAUACAAACUAUGAAGAUACGAUUCCUAUUACACUAUAGAGGAAAAAUAUCAGUUUUUGGGUAAUACGUUGUAAUUUUUGUAGGUGUAGUCCUCUCACCCUAUUUCACUCAAAGCAAAUCGUCCAUCGCAUUUAGGUAGAGAAGUAGAGUCCAGUUACAAAUUGUGUACUAACGAAAUGUGAAAUAUAGAAAACAUAUUAAUUAAUUUUAAUUAAUAUUAAAAGGAGUCAAAGCUCACGAGUGUUAUGACACUCUUAAGCUACUUUAAGUCAUUAUUUGUUUGUUUGAUAUCAUGUGAGUGAGUUGGUGAAAGGCAUUUAGGAUUUAAUUUUGAGUUACGUUGCAGCCUAGAAAAUUGUGCGAAACAUCUCAAAUGAAUUAUCCUCAAUCGAUAAUAUUCUUUAUGUCAAUCACUCAGUGUUCCUAUUCACUUUCCGGUUUGUUUGCGCAAGUGUUUAUCUCCAGCAGGUUCGUAGCUUUAAUUUAAGAGUCACUCGAGAAAAGGGUCAUGUUUAUGCUCUAGUUGUUCAAAUUCAUUUCUACACGGGUUCUUUCUUAGACCGUUUAGGGUACUUACACUGGAAAUUGAUAGUGGAGUGGUCGGCCUAGUGAAUAGGACGGCUCUACUGCAAAUGAGUCACCGAAAUUUAAAUACCUUGAAAGUCCAAAGACAUUGCCAUGUGUGGACUAAAGAAGAUAAACGAGGUAUAAUUAUAAAAGAACAGCGA